UCAAAGGAAAUCAAGGAAAUCAUCAAGGAAAAGGAACCAGAGCAAGGAACGUGCACGGUUGCUUACGGGAAUCAUUUUACCUUGUGUCCGGCAAUGGGUGGUUGUCGGUGUACCUUUCGCGAGUGCGUGAAUGCUACCUCCUGGCGGAAAGAGUUGCAUUUCUUUCGAUACCCCGCCAACGAACCAGAGCGUUUGCGAAAGUGGAUACAAAAUGCCAAUCGAAUAGAUUUUCUCGAUUUGCCGAAGGACAAACUGACGAAUAAAGUGGUUUGCCAAGAACAUUUUGAGCAGAGCAUGUUCAUGAAUUACUUGCGAGAACGCUUAACGAAGCUCGCCAUUCCCAGAUUGAUGCCGAUGGAGGACGGCAGGACGCUGAACGUGGAAACGGAUGAAAUCUCAGACAUGGAUUCGACGGAAGAGUGGGGUGCGCGGGAAGUAGCAAGAACAGAUUCUGCAUUGGCGUAUAGCGCCAAACAGUCCCCAAAUUCAUCGCUUAAAGCCGUAAACAGACAGGAAGAUGAACAGUAUCAACCGACGAUGAAGAAAGUAAAAAUUCUCAAUUCACAAGCAUUGAUCCUAAACAAAAUCAAAAGCGAACCCCCCGCUACCGUAUUGCGUAUAAAAACCACGAAGAACUGCUUGAACAAAGUCGCCACAGGACAAUCGGCGAUUGUGAGCGUGGAAAAGGUUUCCAAGAGCCCCAAUCCCACUGCUACUAUGACGAUAAAACCUGUUGACAGCCCGUCGCAAAGCGAAGCUGAAAUACUGCUACACUCGAUAGAGGACGAAGCAGAGGACAAUGAGCAAGAGCAGUGCGUGGACAAAAAGCCUGCGGCUCACUUGAAUUCCCGCCGAGAAGAGGUCAGUCCGCUGGAAGUUCGUGACACCGAAACGACCAGCGUGCCGGCAGUUGACCCCAAUCUGUCGGAAACUCUUGAACGAAACAAUCGUGAGAUAGCGGAUCUUAAGAAGCUCGUCGAGCAGCUACUGAAUCGUCCUACACCGCAACCAAGCAUUACUAGCCCUCCCGUUGCACCGGUGACCACGAUAAAAAUGGAGAAAGGUCCCCAGCUCACCAAGGCUCAGCUGUUCAAUGGUAUCAAGAGAUAUCUUAACCCGUCUAUGGUAACGCUGCUGCGAAUGGAGCUGUUUGCGGGAGCCCCGAAUCGUGUGUGGAAAACGGACGAAAAGUCACUGGCGGUCGACCUGCUCAACAUUGGUGAGCACGUUUACGAUCACUUCACGGAAGAGUUUCGCUUUCGGUUACCAUCGAAGAGCGACGCGCGCGUUUGGAAAGAUUCCGGUGAAAUUGAUGCCGACGAUGCUUGCUAGAAGGGGUUUUGCGUCACCUAGCAAAGCUGUACUGCGUCGAGUACUACCGAUUAAUAUUGUUCUCUAUAGGGGUGUACAGACACCGGAAGCGACUCAUUUUAUUUGACAAUAAACUUUAAUUUUACUCUGAAAUUGCC